GCGACGCAUAACAGCUGCAUACAUACCGCCUACUCUAGCCACGCAUCUGCACCUGGCUGCCCCUACAUAUUUCAAAUAGGAGAACCCUCUUCCUCUUCUAGUCCCAGCUGCUUCAAAGAUGCUGCCAUGGCUGCUGUCCAGCAAACCCGCACACGCUCCGCCCGUCUAAUCGCUAGCAUCACCAAGUCCGCCCAACAUGCCAACGCCAACGCCGGCCCGACCCAGACCGCCAGCCAGGCUCCCGCUCAUGGGCCCGCCCAUGGGCCUUCGGCUCUGUCAAUGUUCUUGACCAACCUGAGACUUCUCGAUCUUGACUUGCGUCCAGACUGGCCCGGAAUCCGCCCUGAGACCUUUGUCACCGGUGGCUCGAGUGCGCAGGGGCAGAAGAAGCGGGUACAAUGUGUCGAGUGGGCACUGUACCAGCUCUUUGCCCUCUGGGACCCCGAAGAGACGAGAAAGAAGAUGAAGCCCUUCUUUCCUCCCAACGACCAGGUCCAGUCCGUCAACCUACGAGCCGCCCUCCUCCGAGCUCUCGAGCAAGCCAAGAAGAAUGGAGCCUUGGGCAGAGAUGCCAUCGUUCGAAAGACUAUGCUGGACGAGUGCAAGGGCGAGAGGCUGGAGGAAGUCUUGGCCGCCUUUUCAUCUGCCGUCCUCAAGCUGGUCGUCGGCGAUGAGACCACAGCGAGCCGGCAGCAUGCUGCCUUGGCCUCCACAUUCGCCAUUGAGGAUCGAGGCUAUAAAGGGGAUAAUUGGGAACUCGUUGCCAUGGUCUGGGCGCACAAGGCUUCCCUGAGCGGUGUGCUACGAGGCAAAGCCGCUGCCAACGCCAGAUUCCGGGAUUUCUCCGAGCUGUUGAGCAUCAAGGAAAGGAGCAUUGUGAGAAAGAACGAAGUUAUUCAUGUCAAGGAACAGAAUAAAGGAGGCAAGACUGUGUCGGAAGAUGCCAAGUUGGAGAUGUGGCGCACAAUCCGGAACAACUGGUCGGGCAACGAGCGGUGGAUGGAGACGCUACUUUAUGGAGACGCAGGCGCCAAAAAGGACGGCCUGCUUGGAAUGCCAUUUGACCGAGUCUGGCGCAGGGUUCAACAAGGCCGACUCUCCGAGCUGGAGGAGCAUGGCAUUGGUCUCUUGGAGCAAUUGGAUGGCCGUGUACGGGCUCAGAGGGAGCGUCUGGAGAAGUGGGAAACUUUCCAUAAGCGGCUGUGCGAAGACCGACCGAGGCCAUCUCCGACGCAGAAGCGACAAGCGACGACAAAAGGCAUUGACCUGGGUUUUGGAGCCCAUGAGGCGCUCCAGGUCGGACGUGCUAGCCCCAGAAAACCAACCAUUGGGAAUCAGAAACCGACGCUCAACGACGACUACCAAACUUUGGUUCAAGGCUUGGAGCAGGAGUUGUCAAGAGGACCCCAAAGCUCUGCUGCCCUCGCUUUUCUGCAGCAGCCUGCAGUGUCGAGCCCGAUGCAUCAAAGGACACAGUCUGCCUCGUCUGUGGAUCAUGAGACGGUAUCGGAGGUGAGUGAGUAUGACGACGAGGAGCCUUUCCGCCCCGAGCCCAUCCAAUCGUUUCAGACGAAGCUCGACCUUUCGAGACGACAGCCGUUGAGAUCCAAGAUUUCCCUCUCCGGUGAAUGGUUCGCUGCAAAUACCGCGUCAGGCUCAAGAAGCUCAACGGAACCCGAUGAACCUGCCUAUGAUGAGGGUUCUCCGGAGCGCAGCAACUCUCCCGAACUCGAUGAUGACCCUACGCCUGUAGCAGGCUCUCCUGAACGACACAUGGUGCAGGAGCCGGAGGUGUUGGACCCGACUCUCAGGGAUAUGUCUCCUUCACCUACGCAGGAGCUUGCGGAUCAGAUCCUCGAAUCCAUGGACCGGUUCUCUCCGUCGCCUUCGAGACGACCGAAGCAACGUCACACACUCUCUCUUGCUGAGCGCACCCGUCUCACCAUGGCCCGCGGAUCCUUUGCAUAUCCCGACCCCGAUGAGCUUGACCUACCGCUUAGCCCGACACCAGCAAUCGCCCCGGCUGGUUUGGACAGGCGCACAACCAUUAUCGCAGACCAACAUGAGGAUCUGAGCAGUCGUACACGGAAGAGCAUGGCUGGCUUCGAAAAGGCCAAGCAAAAAGCCCAGAUGGAGAGGAGGAGGUCACUAAGAAAAUCCAAGGUGCCACCUCGGAGGGAGGGUAGUUACUUUCCCAAGGUGGCCGAGGAAGAUGCAGACCAGACGGUGCUUGCCGACGAGCUGAUGGUUGAGGAAGACAUGGAGGCGGUUUUUAGAUCCCGCCCCAAGAUUGCAGCGAGUCCCAUUCCGAGCCCUACUCGAGAAUGGGACGCCAACGAAUACAUGUGACAUGCAUCACGAUAGACGACACCUUAGAAUCAAUG